AGUUCUUCUUCUUCUCAGAAUGAAACUCGGUUUUCCGUCGACCUCAACACUUUUGGUUUCUACGCUAACGGGACUCUGGAUGUCAACCUGCUCUCUCUGCGCCUCCCAGAGCAGGUGGUGAACUACAGCCUGUACCCGGUGGGUUUCACCCUCUCACGGUCUCGUGUGAAUGGAGUCCUGUCCUACACGGCGGAGGAGACGGAGACAUGCCCGCUCACUCUCACAAAGGUCACCAGCAACGAGCCUCUCAUUCUUUUUCUCAUCGACAUCAAGACGCUCAGCGUCAACGUGAGAGCUUUGGGAGACCAGGACAACCUCCUGAUAGCAAAGCCAAAGGCUGAAGCUCCUAAAGGUCUGAGGAAAACCAGGGACGCUCCUGCUGAUCCUGCUGUUAAACCAAACGCACCAGGUAAACCAGCAACAACCAAACUAGACAACCAGUUGACUCAGAAGGGAGAAGAUGCUGCGUCUGUGGAUCAGAGCAGAACAGGACCGAUAGUAGAAGCUUCAAAAGUGGAGGAGAAUGAAUUCCAGCUGGAGAAGCUCAAAGAAGUGACUUUAGCUCUGGACAAAGUUAACGACUCCUACAACUUCAGCUUCCACAUGGUGGUCGGCCUGCUGGCGGAGGGUCUGUACAGCCUCAAGUUCCACUACUGUCAGAACCGGAUGCCUGGAAUCAAAUUCCCCUACUCCUUCGCCGUAGAGGUGACGGAGAAGAACCCAGGCGGCUACCUGUCUGCAGCAGAGAUUCCUCUGUCUCGCCUUUACAUCGGUAUGGCUGGAGUCUUCUUCACAGCUGCCAUGGUCUGGGUGUACACUCUCAUGAAGCACAGGUACAGUGUGUUUAAGAUCCACUGGCUGAUGGCAGCACUGGCCUUCACCAAGUCCACAUCAUUGGUCUUCCAUAGUAUCAACUAUCACUUCAUCAACACUGAAGGGCAUCCUAUUGAAGGCUGGGCCGUCAUGUAUUACAUCACACACCUGCUCAAGGGGGCGCUCCUGUUCAUCACUCUGGCACUGAUUGGCACCGGCUGGGCUUUCGUUAAGUACAUCCUGUCUGACAAGGAGAAGAAGAUCUUCAUGAUCGUCAUCCCUCUGCAGGUCCUGGCUAAUGUGGCCUUCAUCAUCAUCGAGUCCACGGAGGAAGGCUCCAGUGAAUACUACCUGUGGAAGGAGAUCCUGUUUCUGGUCGACCUCAUCUGCUGUGGAGCCAUCCUGUUCCCUGUUGUCUGGUCCAUCCGUCAUCUACAGGAAGCUUCCAGCACUGACGGCAAAGCUGCCAUGAAUUUGGAGAAGCUCAAACUGUUCCGGCAUUAUUACGUGAUGAUUGUGUGUUAUAUCUACUUCACGAGGAUCAUAGCCAUUCUGCUGAAGGUCACGAUGCCGUUCCAGUGGCAGUGGUGCUACGAGUUCCUGGUGGAGGUCUCCACUCUGAUCUUCUUCGUGUUGACGGGCUACAAGUUCCGCCCGGCGUCCAACAACCCGUAUCUCCAGCUCCCUCUGGACGAGGAGGACGUAGAGAUGGACGAAGUAGUGACUGAGUCAGGAGCUCUGGAGGGAAUUUCCAAAGUCAAGAAAACGUGUAAUGGUCGUGAUCGUCAGAAAGAGUCCACCUUGUGAGCGAGAAGCUGGAUCUUUUUCUUUCAUUUUUUGGGGUGGGGGGGGGGAGUGUCAGCUGGUACAAAGGGGGUGCGCACCCCCCCCCUCCCCCAGUGACGGCUCUCCUCUGGAACUGUGAGUGGUGUCAGUGGUCGUGUCCACUGUCUAUGCAACAGACUGAGACGAGCUCCAAAGAUGAAGAUUGCUUUAGAGACGUUCUUCUGAGGACUGUGUGAUCUGAGGACUCGUGGUUUGUUUCUUCCCUUUGGAGACAGCGGCCCGUUCUCAGGUAAAAGUUUAAUCAAUACACAUAUAGAUAUUUCAAAUUUAGGUCACCGACGUGUCGUCUCUUCUUCCCAUCGGUUCCUCUACAACUUCUUCACCACUGUCCUGAGACCAGUCUUCAGUCUCAAGAUCACGUUUUGAAGGUCUUGUUUUUACUCAGUCAGACACAACAGGACUCUGGAUUUUAAUUCAAGACCACGACCGCGUGGAAAUCACAAAACUGUCAUUUAUUUAACAUCAUAAGAGAGGCUAAGCCCCGCCCCUUCCACACUCCCCCUUUGGACCUUAUUUUGUAAAAAAAAAACAAAUAUCUCCAGUCGUCAGAUGUUAAACGUUGUCUAACCUGUUUCAUCCAGAGGUGAGAGAACAUCGUAGCUUCAGAGAGUUUACGACAAAAUGAUACUUUGUUGAUGUGCAGAAUUAUUAUUUUAACAUACAAACAUCGUGUGUGUAAUUAUGGAACAAUUCAAACGUCUCUUGUUGACUAGCGUACAUAUAUA